CAGGCGCGGUGAUUGACAGCAGGCGGGAAGGGAGCGCGCGAUGGAGGAAGAGGAGGCGAGAGACUACAAUGAACCUUGUGUGGAAUGUUCUGUUGUCAGCUGGGGUAUUACAGAAGAAGGCAAAUUUUACUGCAGAUCUUGCCACACUGUUAUAGAAAGGACUAGAGAAGUUUUAACUGGCGAUGUUACUUCAAAUGCUAGGGCACAGUCUAUCUCUCGAGGACUGAAAAAAAAGAAUAAACUUGAUAAAGGCUGGGAAUGGUAUGUCUGUGAGGGUUUUCAGUAUAUUCUCUGGAAGCAAGCUGAAGCAUUGCAAUCUUUAGGAGUUUCUUCACAGAUGAAGGAUGGUGUUCUGGCUAACUUUUGGAGACGAUACCUUCAGAAGAGCAAGCAGGCUUAUUGUGACAAGCCUUUUAGUGAUGCUACGUACAGUACUUCACCAAAACAGCUACAGAGUACAGAUACUGAAGAGGAGCCAGAUUUUAUUAAACUUCUUGACUUGGUUUCCUCUGCAACUGAUACAGAUUUGUUGUCUGAAUCUAGCAUUGGAGGAAUUUCAUCUAGCAAAAUAUCUGAAAAAUCUGUCUGGUCUGGAUCAGUGGAUGGUAGCUCAUACAUAGGGAAAAGGAAGAAAGGAGACAUGAGAAUGUCAAUGCCAAUGACCCUGGCCUUCUGCUAUUUGGCAUUGCUCUGGCUGAGAGAAUCAAUAACAUUAUCAGAUCUCUUAAGACUGGUAAUGGAUGGUCACAUUCCUUACUUGAAUGCUUAUAAAGAUUUCCCAGAGAAGAUGAAGAUGUAUGGGGCUGAUUUCAAGAUCUUUCAUGUACAGUCCUGGCCAACAUAUGAGGAGGUUCAUAAAAAAAUGCAUGCUCUUGUAAAUUAUAUAGAGCUACCUUGUUUUCCAGAAAUAACAAACAGUAGCUUCCUUCAUCCAAACAUUCUCUGCAUCAAGUAUUUGAUGGAACUUAACUUGCCUGAUGAUAUGCACAGUUGGACUUGCAGGGUAGUAAAAAAAACUGGCGUUGGUGAAACAGACUUCUUGACGCUUCAUCCAGGGAAUAAAUCAUCUCAGAAAGUGAAAUAUGAUAUUCUUGCUAUGGCUGUUAUUGUAGUAGUAUUGAAAAUUCUGUACUUGCUGGAUGACCAAUAUGAGUGGCAACUAGCAAACUAUGCUGAAGAAGAAAACGAGAACAAUGAAGAAGGCAGACCAGUGUUCAAUAUUAGAAAAUGGUACUUUGUUGUAAAGAACACUUUAGAUUUGGAGCAGAAGAAAUUUAAUGAAAAAAAAAUCAGGUAUUUAUGGAGAUGUGAGAAGCCACUAUUAUAUACAGCAAGGGAAAUGUCUGUUGUUCUCAAGAAAAGGCAAAUGGUAGUGGACCUUCAAAGGCAAUUCCGUGCACUUUCUGGCUCCACAGAACCUACGGAGAAGCCGACACCUUCCAUUUUCCAGCUGAACUGGACUAACGAAAACACAGCACAGAAUUGUUUUCAUGGCCACAGUCUUGCUGGAGUUUUGCAACAAAAAGGCAGUAUAUUUACAACUUUGAAUACAAACUAUUGGUUGUGUACAACUAAACUGUGCAAAGAGAGGGUGUGUGGCCAUCUGGCACACUAUAGAGAAUCAGAUUUUCCCCAUACCUACCAGUUUGUGUUAAAUCUUUUUGCCUUCCUCCUGCGGGUGAAGCCCUCCCUCAUCCAUGAAGAAGUGUGUGCCAUAGAACAUAAACUCUUUCACUCACGCUUUCAUAAGAAAUACAGAAUUUUCAAAGUUCAUAAAAGUGGAAAGUCAUAAAGGCUUGAAAGAGUGAAGAUUUACAGCAACUAAAGCAAUCUAUGAAGCUAAUCCAUACUUUCAAUUACCUAAACAGAACUCAGAAGACAAGACAGUUGUGCCCAUUCUGCAAUUAGUUUAUAUUUGGGUUUGGCUCAGAUGGCACGAUCCUGAUCCAACACAGCACAGUUUGUUGGAGUGGAAACUGUGUGUUUGAGCACUCCCUCUUACCUCUCACUUUUGCCUUUCCUUUUACUCCUCUAACUUCAUAGAAGAAGAUGGUUUGUUGAACCAAACUUUCCCGUAUCUCCCAGACUAUGAAUCUGAUUUGAAUGCCACACAACAAACCAGAAUAUCAAAUCUAUGGGACUGGAAAUGCAACAUGUGAAUUGGACCUUACAGUUCAUACCUGUUUGUAUAUACUCUGUUUUUUUCUGUCAGAUAUAUAGAUGCUAAUAUAUCAAAGUGUCACCUAUUUGAAAUAAAAGUGUUUUUUUUUUUCCAAA